GACUUUUCAAACCUACCAUCAUUCAAAGUUCAAAACUCCUCUCAACUUAACCCCGUUCUGCAAGAAAGCAGAGAAGAUUCUCCACCCAUCCGGUCAAGAAACCACAGCGCAUCCACCCUCCAUGGCCAAGCUCUACAACAAGAAAGGCAAGGUCCACCCGUCGCCGUCCUCCGUCGCCGACCAGCUGGCCCUCCUCCCCGCGGCGAUCCUGACCCUCGCGGCGGCGCUCUCGGCCGAGGACAGGGAAGUCCUGGCCUACCUCAUCUCGUGCUCCAACAGCAGCGGCAACGCUUCUUCUGGCGCGCGCCCCUCCGGCCGCAAGAACGGGGAGCAGCCCGUCUUCUCCGGCGAGGAGGACCACCCCCCGAAGUUCCAGUGCGGCUGCUUCCGGUGCUACAAGAGCUUCUGGUCGCGCUGGGACGCGUCGCCGAACCGCCAGGCGAUACACGAGAUCAUCGACGCGUACGAGGAGGGGCUGUUCCGGAACGGAGGGAAGAGCCCCGGCGCGAAGAAGAAGAAGCAGAGGAAGGGCCAGAACAGAGUUGCCGAUUGCGGCGAGGACAGAGUCGCGGCAGAAAGAACCGCGAAGGACGAAUUGGGUGAGCAGGAGAUCGGCGGCGGCGGCGGCGGCGGCGGCGAUGAAGCGGAGGCGGCGGGGGCGGCCGGCGGCGGUGUCGAAGAUGACGGCGAGGUCGGGUCGGAGAGGGGGACGGUGAGAAAGAUUGCCAGUUUCAUCGGAGAGAGAAUUUGGGGCGUUUGGAAUAGGGUGUAAGGUCAUCUUCUUCUUCUACCCAUUUCGCAAAAGAUUCAUUUUUUUGGUUCUACUUCUUCGUAGUUUCCAAUCUUUCUCUCUCUGUUCCCUGUAAAUGACCGUAUUCAUAAUGGGGCACUUAGUGUAACUUUUUGCCCAUUACUGGGUUUGAGCUAAGCUUCUGAAUCUCAAAGAGUAAUGUAACGUUCAUCUUUUGCCAA